AAAGAAAUGUUGGGAUUUCUAUAAAGUUGCACAUUCUUGGGCAGCAGUUUCAAACUCACAUUUUCUAAUGCUACAUACACACACACACAUACACUACAAUUUAGUCACAACUCUAGUCAACACCCAAUGGCAGAGAGAAAACACCUCUCUUCCUAUGUUGCUCCACUCACUGAUAGCACUGAAUUCUACAUAUGCUGCUGUCAUCACAUUCUGCACUCAUCCUGUUGCUAAGGGCCAUUCUAUGUCAUAGUCUAUAACUCACAGAAUCUGAAGGCAGAACAGAGUGGGUUGAGCUUUCCUUAGGCACAAUCAGCCUUUUAACUGAGGAGUGCCAGUUUGACAGUCAUUUCUAUGUUGAUUGUUUCCAUAAGAGCGUAAAACUGGUUAGCAUUGAUGCAGCAGAAAUAGCGGAUGGAAAUUCUUCUCUGGUUCUUGGACUAAUAUGGAAUAUAAUCCUGUUUUUUCAGAUUAAAGAACUGACAGGCAACCUCAAUAGGAACUCCUCCUCUUCCAGCCUGUCAUCUGGGCCCAGUGGGGCUGACUCUGACACCUCUCACCCGAGCACUCCUAAUAUAGAGAGAGGCAUGUCUGUUUCAGUGAAGGAUCAGCGGAAAGCAAUCAGAGUCCUUUUAACCUGGGUUCAAAGGAAAACCAGAAAAUAUGGUGUUGCAGUUCAAGAUUUUACGAGCAGUUGGCGAAGUGGCCUUCCUUUCUUAGCUAUAAUAAAAGCAAUAGAUUCCAGCUUGGUAGACAUGAAGCAAGCUUUGGAGAAAUCAGCUCGGGAAAAUUUGGAGGAUGCUUUCAGCAUAGCACAAAACAGUCUUGGUGUUCCUAGACUUCUGGAGCCAGAAGAUAUAAUGGUUGAAUCACCUGAUGAACAAUCAAUCGUGACAUAUGUGGCACAAUUUGUGGAGCAUUUCCAAGAGCUAGAAGGGGAAGAUUUUUCAGAUCCUGACAAGGAAAUCCCAAUUGAAACCACAUAUGUCCAUAUCAAAGAUACACCUUCAGAACAAGAGAGUAAGAUCUUGAUAUUGAAUGAAAACGGAGAAUGUGCAUACACUGUUAACCAUGAAAGGAGCCACUCUCCUCCUACAAAGGUUUGUGUCCAUGAUUUGCCCGAGGAACUCCAGUCAGAAAACGUACAUGAAGAACUUACUGAUAAAUUGAAUCAACCAUUAUCAGCUAAUUCACAGGAAGUCUCAGAAGAGUCAUUGGUUUUGUCGUCUGUGGAAGAACAUCAGAGACCUACUUCUUUACAGAUUACAGGGUCUGUCAGUUUUGAAUCCAGUUCCUCUUGGGAAGUUCUUAGUGACAAACUGAUUCAGAAUGAAGGGAGCAUAUCAGAUGAUCAACUGAAAGAGAAUGAUGAACUUUCAGCAACUAUUUUGACUGAGCAGAAAAAUUCUGUUGAUACAGUUGAUUCAGAAUCAUCUUCUAAAGAAGAAUUAACUAUAAAGACGUCUCCUGAAUGCAACAAUGAAAUUAAGGACUCACUAGUCAACAAAACAUGUGAUAGUUAUCCUUUGAGACCAUUAUCUCAGAUUUCAGAUAUACAUGAAAAAGAGCCAACAAAUCUAGUAGAAAACACUGAACCUAUAAUUUCAACUUUUCUACCAGAAUAUGCUUCCAAAGAAGAGGAUAUGCCUAAAUACAUUUUGCAUCUACUAAAUGAAGAAAUAUCUAAAAAACUUUCAGAAGGAUAUGAACAUCCAAAACAACCACCUGUUUUUCACACACUACAAGACACCAAUUGGUCAUCCAAGGAUUCUGAUCUCAAAGGUCAAAUGGAAAUGUCUUUGUCCUGCAAAUCUGAAAAUUCAACGUCACCAGUUACAAAAAAAUCUGAAAAUCUUGAGAUGCAUAAUGAAGAUGAAUCUUCAGCUAAAAUGUCACCAAAUUCUUCUAAAGUUUCUGUAAUUCCCCAUGAUCUUUUCUACUACCCACAUUACACUGUUCCUAUAUCAGCAGUUUUGGAAGCUUUUGCUGAGCCUAGACCUGCCUCUUACAUUUCUGAAAAUAGCAAAAUCUGUGAUGAGCUAUCAGUGAAUUACUUUCAUGAAGGGGAGCCAUUGGUACUAAACAGUGAAGGAGGUAUUCUGGAGCUAGGUUUACAAACCAGCCUGAGUGUGUCUCCAGCACAAAUGGAAGCUGAGGCCACGGAAGAGGAGAAAGUGGAUCCAGACAGUCCCACUAAGUCCUUCUCUGAAAAAGUCCAGGAUGUCCUAAUAGAAGAGAAUGUGGAACUCAAGGAAGACAUCAGUAUAUGCACAAACUCUCAAGAUUCUACAAAUCCGGAAAAUCCUGAGAUAGUCUGGCUGGAAGAUACGCUGUCAGCAGUGCAGAGACCAAAAAUAAGCAGUAAAAAGAAAGAAAAAAAGAAAAAUGUGAUCCAAGCAGAAAACUUUCAGACUUCAGAAAUUGAGACUACGCAGUUACCUGACAAACAAAAACAAGAAAUCGUUCAUUAUCAGGAGUUUUCCAGGCUUAGCUACAGUGAUUCCAGUGUUUACCUCAAAAAUAGGAUUCCUAACUCCACUGAAAAGGAACACGUUAGCGAUAACAAACAGAAGAACACAGACAUGGGUGAAAGCACAAAUCUGUUAAUUAUCAGGAAGAAAAAAGACUUGGAGGCACCAGAGAAUGCCAUUCCACCUCCUGAACCUCCAUGUGUAGAGCAACCUGAAUUAUUUUACUUCAUUGUUUUCCUCUGGGUGCUGGUCUACUGCCUGUUACUCCUUCCACAUCUUGUUAGCAACAAACUUUGAUCUCUGUGAGUGUGGGAAUAAUAAAAGAUAGUGGCUUGAUUUUUUUUCAUGUGUGCUCCUAUAAAGUGGUUCCUUCAGGUGAAGCACAGAGAAAUAUAGGGCAUAAUUAAGCUGAUAAAAAGAUUAGUCUUAACUUCUUUACUGUUGUGCUAUUUAUAAUAUCAUGGCACAUUUUAUAUUGUGACAAUGUGUAGAUAUGUAUAUAUAUUAUAAUAUAUGAAAAUUGAAAGAUUUAAUAUACACAAUUUAUGUACAUGUGUGCCUUGCUUUAUAAAAUGCUAAAUAAAAUUGAUUGUUAGUAGAAACACAGAUAAUAUAAAUAGAGCUCCCCUCUUCAAAAAUGGUUCUUCAAAUAGUUCUUCUGGGAGCAUUUUUUUUACCUGUGGCCAUGUAAGGUUUGGAAGAAGAGUAAUGCAUGAUUUCUGUGUCAAAGCACAUGGGCAGGGCUUGAAAUGAGCUCUUUUCUGGUUUUCCACUGGAAAUACUUUGGUAGAAGAAGCUUAACUUUCCUCCAUCAUGUGUUUUGUUUUCAGUUGAAAGGACUUUUCAAACACAUGGGACCAGAUGCUGAUCUCAGUUUCACCUGUAGCUUCAUUGACUUCAGUGGAAUUGCAUCAGAAUUGCACCAGUGUCACUGAGAUGAGAAUUUGGCUCAUACUGUUGCUGUAUCUUGGCAGAGGGAUAGCAAAUAUAUCAAGAUUUAUAUUUAAUAAAAACCUAAAAUGUUACUAAAACAAGACACUCUAUUGCACACACUUCUCCCUCUGAGGAUAGAAUGAGAGAACAAACAGUACAUGACAAAUGUGUAGUCAUGCAUUACUGGAAGGCACUCAGAAACUAUGGUGAUGAGUGAGGAAUAAGAAUCUGUAUACACAGAAAAUGUUCCCAGAUCAGGAAUGAAGCUGAAGGAAGAAGCUAAUGCAUUUCCACUAGCUGAGCACCAGGAAACAUUAUUCUGAGCUUUGAUUCAGAUGAAGUGAUGAUUAUGAAGUUUGUCUUUUCUGCAAGUUUUUAUUUGAAUUCAUAUUUAUUGCUGUCCUUGCAUCUUUGAAUACAGGCAGUCCCCGGGUUACGUACAAGAUAGGGACUGUAGGUUUGUUCUUAAGUUGA